UUCCUACUUCGUUUUCGAGUUUUUAGAUUUACCCCUUUCUUUCCCUCCUUCUUCUAUAAUCUCCUUCGUCUUCUCAGGUAACCAAUGAAAUAAAAAGGGAAUUUUUUUUACCUACGACAAUAAAUUCAUUAAGUUAAAAGAUGAAACUUUAUCGAAACCUCCCCUUCCGCCACAUCCCAUUGCAAGGAAAUUUAUUCAAAUUCAUCCACCGCCUCCUUCUUGCUCUCAGACCCUCAUCCUCGGAGCCGCCGUCGCCAGCGCCGGAUAUGUCGCGUAAGUAGAAGGGUGACCCGAGGCGACCUGACCCGCGGGGAGAAAUUCCGUGGAUCUGGGCUUUCUUUCUUGGUCUUUUAUUGUGUAUGUGUAUGUCUAUAUACCCAACUGCAAAGCAUUAAAAAAAAUGACACAGGCAACCUGCACCUCGAGUGACCUCGCCCCCCUCUCGUCCUCAGGCAAGUCGGCAGCGGACACGGAGGCGGCUACGGCGGCGUCGGCGGCAGCGCAGCCGUCUACGCCGGCGUGCAGAGCGCCUACAGCGGCUACGGCGGCGGCAUCAGCGUUGGCCACGGGGGGUCCUCCUCCUACUACGGGCCAAGCUGGAUCAGCUGGAGGAUAUGGACACUAGGAACCUUCUUGAAUUUCAGAAGUGAAGACAUUUUAGAAAAAACUAAUCUCCAUAUUCUUCGGGUUGACAUCAUUCAUCACAUUUCACUGAAUUAAUACAAGAUUACCUAACAUCAACGACCCUAAUCAUGUGUACUUUAUAGA